GCUUACUCUUGACACCUCUCAUAUUUGUAGAUUUUUCCUCUUCUGCAAAAUCUUCAAUUGUAUCUUCACACACGAUGCUUUUCGCAACUCUCCUCACCUUGGUCUUCGCGACUACCGCGCUAGCAUCCCCCCAUGUCUUCGCGCCUAGGGCUAACAUCGUGCUUUCCGGCAGCGUCGGCCCGCGCAAGCACAACCACACGCGCCACAAGGAACAUACACCUACCUUGAAGGAACCUUGCAAAUGCCAAUUGCCCAUUAUACCCGCCAACCUGCUCAGCGCAAAUGAGAAGUGCUUGAUGAAGCACGCGGCACAGAUGGGAUGCUUUAUGAGCACCAAUGGAGGAUGUCCUUCACCUGCGCCUGCGUGUGGUCUUGGACCUUUGCCUACAUUGUAGGAUAGGUGUGGUGGAAGUGGGUGUUUGAUUGUGUGAGAUGCGUGUGAAUGGAUCGGUGGCGGAAAAUCGGGGGUUAGAUACACGUUGGUGUUUAGGAGAUUUUAUUGCACAAGGUACGAUUGCCUAUGGUAUAUACGCAUCGCAGAUGAGGAUUAAAAUAGAGAUGCAUUCGUAAUCGCUACUCAUUGAAUUUCACUGUCGUUACAGACUAAUUGUUCGAUUGGCAUAUUGAACCAUAAUAUAGUUUCUGCCCAUGAAA